AUGCAAGUUCCAAUGUGGAAUGUAAGGUUGUAUGAGAAACUAUUCAACGCAAGGGUGGUUUAUGAUGGAUACCCUACUCUUUUUACCAUCAAGCUACAUCAUGGGGGAGAGUUCACAAAGUUUCCAGAUAUGAACUACAUUGAUGGAACUGUGACAUACAUUGACAUGGUCGAUAUAGAAGAGUUUUCUGUUCAUGAAAUGGAUGCCAUCAUGAAAGGGUUAGGAUACUCAGUUCCUCCAGUUAUCUAUUAUCAUUUUUGGUUUCCCAAAGGAGACAUGAAUUUUGGACUACGUGCCCUAGGAAACGAUGAUGAUGUUCGUAAUCUUGCCCAAUAUGUGAAGGAGCAUAAAGUCAUAAGGGUAUACACUGAACACAGUUUUACAAAAUUGCUUACUUACUUUAUGACUCCUAAACCUGUUAAAAAGGUCACUAUUGAGCAAUUAGAUGAAACUGAGGAACAUGAAACCACCACAACCGAUAACCAAGCUAGUGAUAGGAAAAGGAGUUGGACCAAGGAAAAAUCUUUGUCAUUAUCCCCUGUUUUACAUAAUGAAGGUGCUUUGUCAUUAUCCCUUGUUUUACAUAAUGAAGGUGCUUUCUCAUUAUCCCCUGAGUAUAAUAGGAAAAGGAGUUGGACCAAGGACAAAGCUUUGUCAUCAUGCAGUAAGAAAUUGGCCAUGGGUGAUGUUGGUGAAGCUAAUGUAGAUGGGGAUAAGGAUCAUGCACCUAAUGAUUUUGACGAGGCAGAUAAUGAAUUUGAUCUUGGAUUGUACCAGCAGAUUUUAAAAUCUAAUUUUGAAUUUGAUAAUGGAUUCAAUGAAGAGAAGGAAGGGGAGGAGGUAGUUAAUGAAGUUAGUGCUAAUGUAGAUAUGAGGAAUUAUGAGAAGGAUGCUAGAGUUGAAGAUGAUGUAGAUAUGGGGGGUUAUCAGAUGGAUGUUGGAAUUGAAGAUGAAGUUACUCAUAAUGUAGCUGAGGAUGAAAGAAGUGACGGGGAGGAGGAUAAUGGUGAAAAAAGUGAUGGGGAGGAGGAUAGUGAUGCAAUGACUUUUGGGUAG